AUGAGUGAAAAGGGUACAGAGAUUGCGGAGUUCAGCUCUCUGGAGCUGUCAGCUCCCACGAUGAAGGCCAUCGAGAAGAUGGGUUUCACAAAGAUGACCACUGUCCAAGAACGGACCAUCCCACCGCUGCUGGCUGGGAAGGACGUUCUUGGUGCCGCGAAGACUGGAUCAGGUAAGACUCUGGCAUUUUUGAUCCCGGCAAUUGAGACGUUACACGCUUUGAAGUUCAAGCCCAGAAACGGAACUGGUGUCAUUGUGAUUACGCCAACCAGAGAACUAGCUUUGCAAAUUUUCGGUGUCGUUAGGGAACUGAUGGAAUUCCACUCGCAGACUUUUGGUAUUGUGAUUGGUGGUGCUAAUAGAAGACAGGAGGCUGAGAAGCUCGCUAAGGGUGUCAAUAUCCUCAUCGCCACGCCAGGGAGGCUGUUGGAUCAUUUGCAAAACACGAAAGGGUUUGUGUUCAAGAACUUGAAAGCGUUGGUCAUCGAUGAGGCAGACCGUAUCUUGGAAAUUGGGUUCGAGGACGAAAUGAAACAGAUCAUCAGGAUUCUACCUAACGAGGAAAGACAAUCGAUGCUUUUCUCCGCCACACAAACGACGAAAGUGGAGGAUCUGGCACGUAUCUCCUUGCGUAAGGGCCCACUGUUUAUCAAUGUUGUCCCGGAGACGGACCAUUCGACUGCUGAUGGGUUAGAACAAGGGUACGUUGUCUGCGAAAGUGAUAAGAGAUUUUUACUGUUGUUCUCCUUCCUGAAACGUAACCAGAAAAAGAAAGUGAUCGUGUUCUUAUCCUCAUGUAACUCCGUGAAGUACUACGCUGAGUUGCUGAACUACAUCGAUCUGCCCGUCCUAGAAUUGCAUGGUAAGCAGAAACAACAGAAACGGACCAACACUUUCUUUGAGUUCUGUAAUGCCGAGAGGGGUAUCUUGGUGUGUACAGAUGUUGCCGCAAGAGGGCUGGACAUUCCAGCGGUCGACUGGAUCGUCCAGUUUGACCCACCUGAUGAUCCAAGAGAUUACAUUCACCGUGUCGGGAGAACCGCCAGAGGGACCAAGGGUAAAGGUAAAUCUUUAAUGUUCUUGAUUCCAAACGAACUCGGGUUUCUACGGUACCUGAAGGCUGCUAAAGUGCCACUGAACGAAUAUGAGUUCCCGCAGAACAAGAUCGCCAACGUACAAUCCCAAUUAGAAAAGCUGAUCAAAUCGAAUUACUACCUACACCAAACAGCGAAGGACGGUUACAGAUCGUAUUUGCAAGCCUACUCCUCGCACUCGCUGAAGACGGUGUACCAAAUCGACAAGCUUGAUCUCGCUAAAGUGGCCAAGUCCUACGGGUUCCCAGUGCCCCCAAAAGUCAACAUCACCAUCGGCGCCAGCGGGAAAUCAACUUCGGACAGACACCAGCACAAGAAGCGCAGAAUGCAGAGGUAA